UCGCAGAAACUUGCGACGAUGCCGACGUCUCUACCAAACGACGUCAUCUCCGAGAUACUCUCCUGGUUGCCGGUGAAGUCGGCAUGCCGAUUCCGAUGCGUGUCCAGGGGGUGGCGCACGCUCCUAUCCGACCCCGCGUUCAUGGCAGCGCACCAAGCCCGCAACGAUCCGCAUCUCCUCCUCGUCUCCAACUCUUUCCAUGGUCUAGCCGGCGAAGGACUCAGCGACCUGCGGCUGGUGGACAUGGACGGCCGCAUCCUGAGGGUGGUCCAGGCCGCAGGUGACCUAUGGACCAUCUUCUCUGGCCCCGACGGCCCUGUGUGUGCCACCCGCCAUUAUGAAGUCCUCAACCUGAUCGAUCUGACGACAGGUAUUGUGCUGAGGACUUCCACGGAGCUGGACUAUGGAGACUAUACCUUUGGCAUCGGCUAUGCCGCUCGGUCAGGCAUGUACAAGGUGGUCCGUAUCACGAAUAGUAGUACACAUGGUCAGCAGCAAACUUGCACGGUUCUCACAUUAUUAGAAGGCGCUGAAGCCAGAAUAUGGAGGAAGGUCCAAUCACCCCCAACUACAGCCGACGGCCGUUGUCACCAGAAUUGUGUGGCGACGAUAGAUGAUGACGUCUACUUCCUUUAUGGCUCGGCGAACGAGGUACUCUGCUUUGACCUUGAGAGCGAGGAGUGGAAGGGGACAAUCAAAGGCCCAGCUAGAUCAGGUGGUGAGUUACCACAGAAGUUUCGUAUGGUUGAGCUCGAUGGCGCCCUUUGCAUUGUUCACUUGGUGGGGCGCCAGACUAGCCGUCGUCACACAACUAUAUGGCUCAUGUCUAAUUUCGCUGGGGGCACCUGGGUCAAGAUGUACAUGAUCCCGAUGCCUCCGUCCAUGGAUUUCGUGAGGCCUUUGAGGAUGAUGCGUCGUGAUGGGAAGCUAUUGUUCUAUUGCUUCCAUUAUGGUACGGGAACUCCAUCGCUACAACUCUAUGAUCCGUUCAAUGGGACAUGCACACACUUGGCGAAGCAUCCACGUAACCUCUUGGGUGAUGUUGGUGUUUGGGGCUUGCACUUGAAGUGCUUUGUCUCAGGCAAGAUCUCGCCGGUGGGUACACCAGAUGAAUCCUUGAUCUCUUUUAUAAAGGAUCUUUUUGACAAGCCAAAACCACAUGAAUCCUUGAUCUCUUUUAUAAAGGAUUUUUUUGACUAGCCAAACAAUGUGAUCUGAUGUAACCUUAAACCGAAUCUCUUGUGUGGCCUUGUAAGCUACUAUGUUUUUUGUUGGAGGCGUUGAGGAACAUGAAGACACGAAGAGCAGAGCUUGGAAUGACAAUUAUGUAAGAAUUUUUAAUGUAGCUUUAUUUAUUUUCAAGGAACCGACAGAAACACUGACUUUAUGUUCAUAUGAAAGGGAGAUUUUAUGAAAACGCUAAAUUUAGCUCGGGCUCCAAGGAGACAACAUUUCGAACAACUAUAUAUAUCAUCCUAGACUGUAUAUUAAUCCAACCGUUCUAAGAACACAACAAAGUUGGGUGUGGCCGGUGACAAGGCUGAGAUUAGGGACACCAAAUGCACUGGCGCGAGGUGUGAGGGGAAGGAGAGGUUGGGAUCGAAUCUUUCAUGGUGAUGAGCGGCGACAUUAUCCAGGGAUGAUACAUAUUUUCCCAUGGCAUAAAUGGGCUUUGAAUUAACUCAA